AUGAAGGCCACAUUCUUCACUCUCUUUGCUGUUGGUGGCUUUAUUGCCACUAGCAUUGCCAACCCUAUCAAUGUCGAAACAAGUGUAGAGAAGCGCCAGGAUAUUGACGGUAUCGAGACGAGUCUAGAGGCUCUCCUUACCCAGAUCCAGGAGCAGACUGCCAAGAUCAAUGAGACGUUGAUACCUGUUCCUGACGGCGCUCCCGAAGCUGACGCGACGGCUGCCGCUGACUCCAUUGCUCCUCAACUUGACGCUAUCGCGGACCUUCUCGACAAGUCUGCUACCAUCGCUAAGCGUGCCAUUGUCGAGGCACGAUUUGUCAAAGAGGAUAUCUUCAAGACUGUUUCUCUCAUCUUAUAUGAGCUUCUCGGCACCGUGAAGUUCAUCCUCAUCAAGCUCGGUCUCGGCCCUGUCUUGAUCCACCUCGUUCCUCUCAUUCUCGCUCUGGUCAAGCUCGUCAAGGCUCUCGACAAGGUGGUCGAUGGACUACUGUUUGCGGUGAAGUUUAUCGUCGAUGACCUUCUGAAGGCUGUUGGCCUGGGCCUUCUAGGUCUCCUCCCCUAG